AUGGAGGCCGUUACAAGAAGACGGUCUGUGGAAAGCGAGAAAGACCCGAUCGUGAGCGGGAGCAGCUCCGCCCGAAGCGCCGGCACCGACUCGCAUGGGCCGGAAGCCGAGAGGCCGCGGCGAUUUUCCCUCCAGCCGCACGAGGGCCCGCCGCACUCGGCGCGCAGCCACAACUCGCGCGUGCACACGGCCAAGAGCUCGUUGCCCGACAUUUUCGAGUCGCACCGGGUGCGUUUUUUGAGAUAUACGCGCGCCUUCCUCGGCCGCUCGCCCGCCACGACGAAGCGCGUGACCGUGAUGGAGGUGGACAAGGAACGGGCGCAACCCACAGGCACGCAACCGCAUAAGAAGAAACAUCAAGGGACGUUCGACUCAGAUGAUCUUCUCUACAUGAGAAAGACAUCAACCGAA